ACCGUAUUACACUAUUAUUAUGGAUGUAGUGUCAGAAACAAUACGUAUAUAUUAAUUUAUAAAUUCAGUAAGUGAUUGCAUUAGCUUAAUUAGCAGUGAGUACGCGAUACCAGCUAUUUCAAAGGAUGUAAUUGGUGUAAACUAUUUACUAUAUUAGCUUUUUCCCCGUUAUUGCCUUGUUUGGAAUUAAUACAGUAUUAAGAGAGUUUCAGGCUGAGAUCGACUGCCGCCAUGGAAGUCUACGGGCCGAGCAUCAAGUUGGACCAAACCUUACCAAACGUAUCUUCAGUUUCAGGCUGAGAUCGACUGCCGCCAUGGAGGUAUACGGGCCGAGCAUCGAGUUGGACCUAUCCUUACCAAACGUUUCUUCAGGAUUGAACUUUACUGUAGCAAAUGUAACAGACACCAACAUGGUCCAGAAUAACGACACCACAGAAGAGUUUAACAAGUCUGAACUCAACCAGAUGCUUUAUUUCUUGUUUGGAAAAAUAAUUUGUAGUUUUGGAAUUACGUUUAACAUUAUUAAUUUGUGUGUACUAGCCCAAAAGGAACUGAGCGAAUCACCAUACAUAUACUUGAUGGCUUUAGCGAUGUCAGACAUGUCCUUUCUGGCCAUAUCAUUUGUUCACCUAAUGUCUUAUAGCGCUCCAAGCAUUGGCUUUGCGUAUUUCAAUAUCUAUGUUUUCUUUGUGGGAGCAAACAUUUGCUUUAAUACCAGUGUUUGGCUCAUCGUUUUCAUCACAAUUGAAAGAAUGACCUUUGUACUUUGGCCAAUGAAAGCCAAGCCAACUAGGAGGAAAGCGCUGAUUGCAAUCACUUGCAUAUUCAUAUUCUGUGCUAUAAUUAAUAUCCCGAGAGCGUUCUGUUAUGAAAUAGUAGUCUCGACGAAUGGAAAAUUUGGAACAAAGGGACGCCCAUUUCGAGAAAGCGAGCUGUUUUACAUCCUAAGUUGGUUCCACUCUGUAAUAAUUAAUUUCGUUCCAAAUCUUAUGCUCAUUGUAACGAACUCUGUCCUGAUCCUUGCCCUACGGAGAGCCUCCAAAGAUCGCCUUCGUCUGCAAUGCAACCAAGCGGAAGCAGCCCGUCGUGAUCAAAGUCGCCUUACGAGAAUGCUAAUAAUCAUAGUCAUCAUGUUCUUCAUUUGUACCAUCCCUUCAGCUUUUUCCGACGAUCCUAUUGGCUACGCGUUAUUUGGCAAGAGGAAGAAACAGACAUGGACGCAGUAUGUGAAUUCCCAAGGCAAUUUGAAUCUGAUCUACGUAAUCAAUGUUCUACUCUACCUGAACUCAUCUUUAAAUUUUCUACUGUAUUGCGCGUUUAAUCAAAAGUUCAGGCUAGCCACACGUCACUUGUUUUGGAAAGUUAAAUCCAGCCUACGUAGAUCAACCAGAAAUCCAAGCGGAUAUGUCAGCAAUUCAUGUAACAGCCAGAAAACAUGCUGCUCAACGAAAUUGUAAUGUCAUGCUUUUGGCAAUAAGUGGGAAUAUUAAUCAAAAUUAAUUUUAAUAAAUAAACACUGACAGAAUAAAACGCUACCUUUUUUGUUUCGGAAAUAAUGUUUAAUUGCUCCUAAAUCAAUGCCAGUAAUUAUGUAUACACUUGUCAUUAAUAAGGUGUGAUUCGAGCAGCCGACAGCUGGUUAUAUGUCAUUUAUGGCAAGUAUGACAACUCAAUACCGCAGUGUUGUUUACCUGGGAUGGU